AUGAAGGCGGCCGUCGCUUACUACCCCUUUUUCUAUUUCGCGCUGCUGACCCCAGCCUGCCCACGCCAGCAGCAGCAGCCGGCGCCAGCGCCUGACCCCCUCACCGGCCCUCGAGUCGAUCUCAACUACACCACAUACGUGGGCUCGCAGCUGCCCAAUGGCGUCAACCAGUUCCUGGGCAUGCGAUACGCCGCCGCCCCACUCGGAGACCUCCGAUGGCGAGCCCCCCUCGAGCCCCCUUCGACAGGCCAGGUCCAGCCCGCCCUCCAGUUUCGGUCGAUAUGCCUGGGUCUCGGCAUGCCGUAUCCGCAGGAGGGCCACGACGAGGACUGCCUCUUCGUCAACGUUUGGGCCCCCGCCAACGCCACGGAUCAUUCGAGAUUGCCCGUCUGGGUGUUCAUCCAGGGAGGAGGCUACGUCUCGCUCACCAACGCGAACUGGAACGGCACCGAUGUCGUCCAGAGAUCGGGAAAUAACAUCGUGAUGGUCAAUUUCAACUACCGCGUCGGCCUGUGGGGGUUCCUUGCUAGCGAGAGGCUCAGACAGGACGGUGACCUGAACAUCGGCAUGCUGGACCAGCGGCGACUCCUGCUGUGGGUCCAGGAUCAUAUCACGAAGUUCGGAGGCGACCCGAGCCACGUCGUCAUCCACGGAGCCUCGGCGGGCGCCGGGUCGGUGGCGCUGCACCUCACGGCCUACGGCGGGCGCGACGACGGCCUCUUCGUGGGCGGCGUGUGCGAGUCGCUCUUCUUCCCGGCCCAGCCGUACCUGUCGGAGCUGGAGUGGCAGUUCGACCGCGUCGUCCGGCAGGCCGGGUGCGGCGCCGCCGACCGCACCGCCCAGAUGGCCUGCCUCCGCGGCAAGGACACGGCCGCCCUGCAGGCCGCCAACGUGGCCUCGGCGUUUCCCGGGAGGACGGCUCCGCCGACGCCGCUGUUCUACUGGACGCCGUGCGUCGAUGGUGUCAUGAUCGAGGACUUGCCUUAUCUGCUGUUCGAGGAGGGUAGGUUUAUCAGGGUGCCUGUCCUGUUCGGAACCGACACUGACGAGGGCUCCAUAUUCGCCAUCGACGCCACAACACACGACGAGAUCGGCACCUUCUUCCAGGACAACUUCCCCCGGCUAGCAGCCAACGACACAGCCAUGAUCCUCAACCGCUACGCCCUCCAACCAGCCCUGCCCAAGCACGGCCCCUGGUUCCCGACCGCCAGCCUUGCGUACGGCGAGGCGACCUUCAUCUGCCCGACGAUCAACGUGCUAGCCGCCCUCGCGGCCGGCGGCGGCGGCGGCGGCGUCGCGCCCCCGGCCCCCUCGUCGCUGUCGUCGUCGUCGUCGUCGUCGUCCUCGUCGCCGACCCACGUCAUAGGCCCGGACAUCUUCGCCUACCGGUACGACGUCCGCGACGCGGACAACGCGGCCGCGGGCCUGGGCGUCCCGCACAUCUUCGAGGCGGCGGCCGUGUUCGGCCCCGGCCCGGGAGGCGUUGGCGCCGCGGGCCCGGCGGCGGCGGGGUAUGGGACCUACAACGCGCCGAUAGUGCCGGUUGUCAUGGAUUACUUCAUCUCGUUUGUGAGGGCACUGGAUCCGAAUCCGUUCCGGGAUGGGGGGGCGCCUAGGUGGGAGGGGUGGUGGAGCGGGUGCGGGGGCGGCUGGUUGGGUGAUGGUGAUGGCGGGUGGGCGGACGACGGGUUGUGGAGGAGGGGGCCGAGGAGGUCGUGGAGGAGGCUGGUGAUCGACACGGGGAAUACGAGGAUGGAGGACGUGCCGGCGGAGCAGGUGGACCGGUGCGACUUUUGGGCGUCGUUGGCGAGCACCACGCGGCAGAAGGCGAGGAAGGGGUGAGGAUGCAGUGCAGCUAGAUCACUUUCCCGGCACGGCUUGUGCCUCUGGGGUUUGCAUUUGGGCGAUGGCAUUUGGGCGAUAAUGGGAUAGACACCUGAGUUGGCGACGGAGAUUGCUGGGGGGGAUG